AUGUUCCUAGCGCCAGAAAGUCCUUGGUGGCUUGUCCGACAAGGUCGCAUCGAGGAAGCGGAAAGAUCAGUGAACCGACUGAUGAGCAAGCAAGGUCAAGAGGCGGCAUUUGACAGUCAAAAAGCAGUGGCAGCCAUGAUACACACCAACGAGAUGGAGAAACACAUCACGGUGGGCACAUCGUACGUGGACUGCUUCAAGGGCAUUGAGCUCCGUCGAACGGAAAUCUGCUGCAUGGUCUGGAUGAUUCAAAUUCUUUGUGGAGGAGGCAUCAUGGCGUUCUCGUCGUACUUUUUCGAACGCGCUGGACUGAAUACGGCUUACUCUUUCGACCUCACGAUGGCACAAUACGGACUGGGCGCUGUCGGAGUAUUCAUUGCAUGGGCUCUGAUACCCUGGGUCGGACGACGAACGCUGUUUCUUGUGGGACAAGUCUUGAUGAUGGUCCUCCUGCUCAUUAUCGGAUUUAUCGGCGUAGGACACAAGAGCCAAGCAUCGUCUUGGGCAGUCGGAGCGUUGCUUCUGGUUUACGUCUUUGUAUACGACAUUACAGUCGGACCACUGACCUACUCGUUCGUCUCGGAGAUAUCUUCGACAAGAUUACGGCAGAAGACAAUGGUGCUAGCACGCAACGCAUACCUGGUGGCAAACAUUGUCAACAACGUGCUAACACCUCACAUGCUAAAUCCAACAUCAUGGAACUGGGGUCCGAAGACAGGACUGUUCUGGGCAGGAGUGUGUUUCUUGACAAUAGUCUGGGCAUACUAUCGGCUGCCUGAACCCAAAGGGCGGACUUGUGCAGAGUUGGAUGAUCUGUUCGAGCGUAAGAUUCCAGCUCGGCAGUUUGCUAGUACAGUAGCGAAUCCAUUCGACAAUGGUCGACGGCAUGGGUCGGUCGAGGCAGGCUCGAGAAGGCAAGAGUAA